CGGCGGGCGCGCCUCCUUUGCCGUCCCCGCCCGGAGCCGGCGCCGCCGCCGCCCCGCCGCCUCCGCUGUGACGCGGGCAUGAGCCAGGUCUGUCGCCCGCCGAGCCAGAGCCCGCAGCCAGGGACGCGGCGCCCAGCAGGCACGGGGCGAAGGAGCUGCUAGAACAAUGCUGAGGCGGGCGAGGUGAGGAGCAGCCCGUGCGGCAGCCCCGACGGACUGGCGCGAGCAGGUGAUCAGAGGCACCAAGCCCGAGGCCACCUGGGUGUCCCUCCCCUCCCCGCCCCUCCGCCGGCCGGAGCCCCAGAGCCGGUGGGGAAACCAUGGCGACCAAUUUCAACGACAUCGUCAAGCAAGGCUACGUGAAGAUGAAGAGCAGGAAGCUCGGGAUCUAUCGGAGGUGCUGGCUGGUGUUCCGGAAAUCCUCCAGCAAGGGGCCCCAGCGGCUGGAGAAGUAUCCAGAUGAGAAGUCAGUGUGCCUCCGAGGCUGCCCCAAGGUGACGGAGAUCAGCAAUGUCAAGUGUGUCACACGGCUCCCCAAGGAGACCAAGAGACAGGCGGUGGCCAUCAUAUUCACUGAUGACUCGGCACGUACCUUCACCUGCGACUCAGAGCUGGAGGCAGAGGAGUGGUACAAGACACUCUCGGUGGAGUGUCUGGGAUCGAGGCUCAACGACAUCAGUCUGGGAGAGCCGGACCUCCUGGCCCCGGGAGUGCAGUGUGAGCAGACAGACCGCUUCAACGUCUUCCUGCUGCCCUGCCCCAACCUGGACGUGUAUGGCGAGUGCAAGCUGCAGAUCACCCACGAGAACAUCUACCUCUGGGACAUACACAACCCCCGCGUGAAGCUCGUCUCGUGGCCCCUCUGCUCACUGCGCCGCUACGGCCGGGAUGCCACACGCUUUACCUUCGAGGCUGGCCGGAUGUGUGACGCUGGGGAAGGGCUCUACACCUUCCAGACGCAGGAGGGAGAACAGAUUUACCAGCGGGUCCACAGUGCCACCCUGGCCAUUGCCGAGCAGCACAAGCGGGUCCUGCUGGAGAUGGAAAAGAACGUGAGGCUGCUCAACAAGGGCACUGAACAUUACUCAUACCCCUGCACGCCCACUACCAUGCUGCCCCGCAGUGCCUACUGGCACCACAUCACAGGUUCCCAGAACAUCGCCGAGGCCUCCAGCUAUGCCGGUGAAGCGUAUGGGGCAGCCCAGGCCAGCUCAGAAACAGACCUCCUCAACAGAUUCAUCCUGCUCAAGCCAAAGCCCAGCCAGGGGGACAGCAGCGAGGCCAAGACCCCAUCCCAGUGACCGCAGAGCGGCGUGCACGGAUGACUGCUGGGGCCCCCUGCUGCGGGGCCACUUACCGCGUAUUGUGGACGGCUGGAGGGGCUGUUGGCCAAGAGCCUGAAGGAAGGAAGCAAGCUGUCCCUUCUUUGUCCCCAAGGGUGAGACUGGACCAAGGCAAAGGGCUGGCCAUGCCACCUGAGCAUGUGUGAGGGGCUGGAGCUACCACAGGACUGUAUACUGUUAAUGAUUUUAAUAUAUAUGGCUUAUGACAUAUUCUAUAUUAAUAAGAUUUCCCCUCUCUGUCCCUCCCUGCCACCACAUACAUUUUUUAAGCCCAUGACCAAGCCCCAGUCAAGGCUGUUUUUCAAUGUGAACAGCUAUUUCCUGUCCCCCAAGGUACCAGCCCUCCUGUGCUGCCAGGGCUAAAGGAGGCAGCCAAGCCGCACUCCCAGCUGGUGCUCUGGCUGCUGGCUUCUCCCAAGCAGGCCAGGGUGGAGACAGCACGCGGCUUCUUAGUCCCUCUGGGCCCACAGAGUGGCACUGGAAGGAUCCGAACAUACAUUGUGCCACUUGGCAGCCUUGCACUUGGAGUUUUAAGCAGAGGUGACAUCUGGUUGACACCUCAGGUGAAAAUCUGGUUUUAAAAUGGUUUCUGCCCAGGCUCCUUCCUGCUUAGUAGGCUGAGAAGACACCCUGGGGUUGGGGGUGCUGAUUACCUCAGCCGGGGGAGGAUGGCCGGACCCGAGCGUGUCCCUGCCCCAGGGCCAGGCCAGCAGGGAAGGCCAAGCUGCAGGAGGCCGCUGAGGGAGCACCCCGCAGCCCUCUCACUGACCGGGGUGGGCAGGGCCCCUGCAGGGGGAGCCCCUCUGCCCGUCUGGCUCCCGGCCAGUCAGAAGUACUCAGAAACCAAGACCUUCCCACUUCCUCCUCCCCACAUGGUGCUGAGGCUCCCUGCUGAAAUGCAAUUAAAGCAAUUGAUUUUCUAGUGCUGGUAUUUAUUGACUACCGUGCAGAAGGGCUAUCUUUCUACUCACAUCAAACCUGCGGUUGCGUGUGUGUUGAGUUUUUUGUUUUUAAUAUUUUAGGACUCUGAUUUGUGAGAAUAGACCUUGUAAAUAACCACUGUUCAAGUCGUGGCAGGAGGAGGAUAAAGCAAAAGGCCCCCUCCGCCAGAACCCUGGAGCCAGGGAGGUGGCCACAGCCAGCUCAGCUCUGGACCUGACCCAGGGACCCACCACCCAGAGGAGUAAGCUAGCCUGAAGGGAGCCCCGAGGCCACGGAGAGGGAGGCGGAGCUGACUGGCUCACAGGUAGUGGCACGAUGACGCAUGAAGGAGAUGACGUUGUGCUCUUUAUUGCCAAAAAUAAAAACUUUUAAAAGACAA